AUGGCGUGCUGCAUGUUGUACCGCGGGGACGUGGUCCCCAAGGACGUCAAAGCCGCCAUCGCCACCAUCAAGAGCAAGCGCAGCAUCCAGUUCGUGGACUGGUGUCCGACCGGGUUCAAGGUGGGCAUCAACUAUCAGCCCCCGACGGUGGUGCCUGGGGGCGACCUGGCCAAGGUGCAACGCGCUCUCUGCAUGCUGAGCAACACCACCGCCAUCGCCAUGGCCUGGACCCGCCUGGACCUGAAGUUCGACAAGAUGUACGCCAAGCGGGCCUUUUUCCACUGGUACGUGGGAGAGGGGCUAGAGGAAGGGGAGUUCCAGGACGCGAGGGAGGACAUGGCGUCGCUGGAGAAGGACUUUCCAAGAGGUGGCCCUGGAUUCCACCGAACUCGAAAGGGCAGAGGGGGAAGGAGAGGAGUAGACGCAAUAUCUUAA